CAGCCUAGUGCUCAAUCACGAGCAGGGGACGGAGAGACCAACAUUCGUCGCUGCUGUUGUUGUUUAUCUGUGCUGCCGGCUGAUCUUUUGAUAUAAUGGCCUCCGAUGGUAUGGAUGAACGAUCACCGCUGUUGUCAGCACCGAACUCGGGGAAUGUCACGCCCACAGCUCCGCCAUACCUGCAGGAUCAGAGCCCGAGAGCCGAAUUACCUCCGCCCUACACAGCCAUUGCCAGUCCAGAUGCAGGAGGGGUGCCUGUCAUCAACUGUCGUGUGUGCCAGUCUCUUAUAAAUCUGGAUGGCAAGCUCCAUCAGCACGUGGUGAAGUGCACCGUCUGCAACGAGGCAACGCCUAUAAAAAACCCACCAACGGGAAAGAAGUAUGUUAGAUGUCCUUGCAAUUGCCUGUUAAUUUGUAAAGACACAUCUAGGAGGAUAGGAUGCCCCCGGCCCAACUGCAGACGGAUCAUCAAUCUAAGUCCAGUGAUGGUUAUCCCAGAGGAGCAGCCCACCCAGCCAGCUCUACCAGUCCAGCCCGAGGGCAUGCGCGUGAUCUGCGGCCACUGCGGAAACACAUUCCUUGGCAGCGAAGAUGAGUCAUCCCAGACUGCCUCAGGCCGGGAUAUUGGUGUUUCCUUUGCUGUCUUCAAGUGGAUGGAGCUCCGAUUCAAUACACUGGCCAAAUGCCCACACUGCAAAAAAAUAUCCUCUGUAGGCAGUGCCCUACCCAGAAGACGCUGCUGUGCCUACAUUACAGUAGGAAUGAUCUGCAUUUUCAUUGGUGUUGGUUUAACGGUGGGCACUCAGGACUUCGCCAGGCGCUAUCAUGCUACUUAUGUGUCCUGGGCCUUUGCAUAUCUCCUUGGUCUUAUCUGUCUGGUACGGGCCUGCUACUGGGGAGCUAUUAAAGUCAGUUAUCCAGAGAACACCUUUGCAUAGACAAAGAUUUGUCCAUCUUUCAAAGAGUCCAUUUAGUAUUUGAUUAAUCCUGAUUUAAACAAGCUAACAGCUGGAUGCCCAUUCAUCUUACAAGAGCCAGAAUUUACUUCAAAAGAAUUAGUUAUUGAUUGGCUCUGAUACUUCUCUAACUGAUAUGAACUUUAUGAUGACUAGAGAAAAUAAAGUGAAACAAGUGAUUCUAAAAUUAGAUUUAAUAAUAAUAAUAAUUUUAAUAAUCCAUUCUUCUUUUUGUUACACCUCUUGGAUUUGUCUUGAAGUUGUCAUGGUGGGUGGACAUAUUUUAAGUACUGCAUUUUGUUAUAAACUUGACCAAAUGAGAUGAUCUUUUAUGAACAGUUUGCCCAUUGCACUACGAUUUUAUGCAAUUAUUCUGUUCUGUUGCUGCUAGUUACCACAACUGUAACGAGAUGAGAGAUGUUAUGUCUUAAGAAAGCCUGCCAUCACCAAUGGUGGCACUGUCUGUCAUAUGAAAUGUUCAGAUAUAUUUAACUCUUCUUACAAUCCUGUGCCAACAUUUUUGUUUCAGUGUCUGUUAGGGGAGGUCCGAAUCCGAAUUUCGGAUUAAAUUUAGCAGUAUUUUAAAAUCCAUUUUGGCUGCUGAAACUCACUGUGAGCAAUAAUCAUAUGUUUUUGUGGCUUUAAAAGUAAAAAAGAAGCAUGUACAGGGUCACUGUUCCUCUUAAUGAAAUUUAAAGGAAUAGUUCGUAAAGGAAAAUUCUAUCAAUUAAAUUCUGUCAUUCCAUGCUCAUUAAUUUUCUUUCUUCCAUGGAACACAAAAGGAGAUGUUUAGUAGAAUGUUCACUCUGCUUUUUUCCAUAUAAUGGCAGUGAAUAGUGACUAGGGGGUAACAAGCUCCAAAAAGGACGAAAAGCACCAUACCAUUAAGUCUUCUGAAGCCUUAUGAUAGCUGUAUGUGAGGAAUAGAAUGAAGUGUUUGAUAUUUCACUAUGGUCAGUGAAACCCAUGGUCAACAUUCACAAAAAAUAAAAGUAGCUUAAACAUUCUGCUGAACGUGGCCUACAGAAGAAAGUAAGUAAUACAGGUUUGGAAGGACAUAAAGUUGAAUGAACAAUAACAGAAUUAUCUUAUUAUAAUUUUUUUAUUUUUUUUGGUGAACUAUCCUUUUGACACAUGCUGAAUGGAUGUUAAUUACAUGUGCAUGAUUUUACUUGGAUUAUUUUGUACUCAACAGUAUUUUAUUAGUCUGUUACUGAAAGGGCACAGUGGAAGUGCUACGCCAUUUGUGUCUAGUGCUUCUUCCUGUGUGUAGAAUGUAAAAGCCUCACUGCUAGCUUCCUCAUUCCAAAACUCUGUAAAAACCUUGCUAGUAUUGCUGUAGCUUACAUUUACAGUAGUUCUGUAUUUUGUCAAGACAAUUGGAAAUAAACUUGUUCUGAAUGUGACAAGCCAGUAAACGUUUUGUACAUAGGCAACUCAGCACACAAAGUCUGCUUCAAGUUGUAAUAUGGCUUGGUUUUUUUGUUUUUUCAAACAACAAUAAUUUCUCAAUAAAACUGAAAACUACUAACCCUAUGA